AUGCACCAAGAGGGCGCCGCUCACGGCUGCCCCGCCCUGGCCCCCAGCCCCAAUUUCAUCUGCAUCACCGCAAAGUCUCCCAAGGGCAGCGCCCAGUUCAUGCUGCCUCGGGAAACCACCAUCCGGCGGGUCAAGGAGAAACUUUCCGAGCACUUCACCUGUGAGCCGUGCCAGGUGGUGCUCGUGUUCUUCGGGAGGAUCUUGAAGGACCAGCACACCCUCCAGCAAUGCGGGGUCAGUGAUGGGAUGACUGUCCACCUGGUCAUCCGAUCCCUGAAGAGAGACCCAGAAGGCUCUACUCAGUCAUCCUACGUGCCCAGGCCCUCAAGCUGUGCCCUGGCACCAGUGGGCACCAGCCUGAGCCUGUCUGCCUUGAACCCAGUCUCUCGGGGUUCGUGGGGGCCCCCGGAGACAAAUCCCUCCAGCCUUGAGUGGCAUCAGGCGCCAACCUCCGAGAUGAUUGUUCAGAAGGUACGGCAGCUGAUCUUGGCCAACCCAGAGAUCCAGCAGCUGGCUCAGCAGUUCCCUGCCAUCUGCCACAUCCUGAACAACAUGGGCAUCAUGCGGGUGAUCUUGGACAAGAUGAGAGAAAUGAUGGACCUGGCAAAGAACCCUGAGGUGGAACAGGACCUGAAGAAUCCAGAGCCACUCCUGAUUAGUGUUCAGAACAACACUCCCGGUGGAGACAACCCCUUGAGGCAACUCAACAGUGAGGUUCAGGAGCCAGGGCCGAAUGCAGGCCAGGACCUCCUUGCCACCUCUAGCCCUUAUGUCACCCUGGCCAGGAACCCUUGUCCAGAGCACAAGGUCAGGGGUGGCGAGGGAUUUCACCCGGGAGGCCCUCCGGGCUCUUUCCCCGUCUCCAACAGCUACGGGAGGUUUUGCACCAACAACUCAAGCAACGAUGAAGGUGGCAUCUUCAACCGCCUUCAGGAUCCUCUCGGGUCCUCCCUGCCCAGCCUUGUGCCCAGCCCUGGGGCAGGACCGUGCAACGUAGGGGGUAUCCAGGCCCUAAUUGUAAACCUCUGCAACGCCUACACCCAGCGCGUGCUGCUCUCCCUCAUGCAGGACGCACUGCUCGCCUCCCAAGAGACGCAGGCCGCCCGGCAGGACCACGUCCAGCAGCAGCUGCAGCAUUUUUAUCAGCAGAUGCAGAGGCCGGAAAUGGUGGCCGCCCUGUCCAGCCCCAAGGCCAUCCAGGCCUGGGUGCAGAUGGAGCAGGGCUUGCAGAUCCUGAUGGAGGAGGCCCCGGUGCUCCUACCCUGGUUCGUGCUGCGCUUGAAGGGAUUGGGGCACGCGCCUGCGAUGGGGGCCGUGGCCACCGGCUCUCCCUCUGGGGAAGAAUCAGCUGCUUUGGAGUAG